UGCCUGUCGCUCGUGCAUCUCUGCAUGACAAGUACCGAUGCUCGCUUGCUCCUUUCGACGUUUUUAUUAGUCAAAAGUAUUGUUAUACCUAGGAAAUAUACGACUCGUGAAAACGUAUCCCUACUUCGAAUAUUUACCGAGCUUUUUUGGGGUCAGACAGUGCGUAAAAUACGCCCUGACGCGAUAUUUUUGGGAUAGAUGUCACAUCGGGGACGGAUAUGUGUUGGUGGGUGGUUGAUUUUAACUCUCUUGAACGUGUGUCACUAGAAUGUGCACGUACACACACUCGCGUGCAGUACGCACGAGAAUUCUGAAGCCUUGACACUUGCUACAUCUGUCAAAAAUUUUCAAACUUCAUUAUUAUUUAUCAAGUGAUGAUAUUUGUCGUUUAUUGUUUUAACUCUGGUGAGUGUCGUGUUACAACACUUUGUCACAAAUUGAAUUACACAGUACCCCUUCAACAGUGAUUAUUUCUGCCUCUUCUACCUGCAUAAGUAUAAUGUUAGCGAAAAGAAUAUGACGAGGAGCUGCCGAGGCAAGAAAAAAUCGAAAGCAGAAAUCAACUGAGCACCACACGGUCUUUAUCUACAGUCCACAACAAUCAACAACCACGACGACUCCAACCAAUCUCCAAUUAAAUAUCGUUCGUCAUUUACUCCGUGCUCGAUAGUAUCACUAAACAUUUGGCAAUCAAUUUUGAAUCAUCACUCAAGAUGAAAAAAAAUUCAAAAAUUUGAGUAACGCAUUACUAACGAGAACCUUUAAAUUUCUUUUCUUGCAAAAAAUCUUAUUAAUAUUUUUAUUUGGUUUGAAUUAAAAAAAAAUCCACCCAAGUUACUAAAACUAAAUAAUGUCAACUUAAAUUCAGUAAUUUACAUUUAAAUAAAUUUGGAUUCAUUAAAUUAAUAUAUCUAUUGAACGUUUCUUUUAGUAAUCCAUCAAUUCAACAUAAAAGCAAAAUAGCCUUUAACAUUCAACAAUCAAUAACGUAACAUUAAUCGUAAAAUAAAACACGCAAAUUUCAUUGCAUCAAAUGACUCGGCUCAGUGUUACAAAAAGUGUAAUGUCUUAUUUGACGUAUGAUUGUCGAUUGAAGAAUACUACGCAGUUCAGAGUUUCGGCGAUUGUUAUUUUUGGAACACCUGGAUUGGACUUGGCAUAAAACUUGGGCUAAAAGAAGUAUAAAUAUCGACCUGGAAUUGAAUGAGAAAAGACAGAACAAGUAAGAGAAAAAAUUACAACAGAUGAAAUAUCUUAAAUCUUUUGGUAGCCGUCCAACGUAAAAUUUGGAAAGGGGAGAACAUAGGAUAGAACCAAUUCCUUUUCAAGUUGGUUGUGUACGUGCAAUGCCGAGAUGCUGUAAUGAGAGAAAAACAUCGAGUCCGGUGACCAACAGUAACCGCAACAACAGCGAAGAUAUAUCAUUAUUGCGUUCAAACACUUUGGAACGCAACAGUUUUUCCAUUUCGUGUCAAUCGGAGCCGGACGACGAUCUACGAGUUGUAGAAAGGUCUCAUAGAAGACUUCGGUGUGACUUGAGUCCAGUACCCACUAGCACCAGCCUUAGCUUUAAACUUCUCAGUAUAAAGGGUGAAAAAGGGAGUCAAGCCAGGCAAUUGCAACAACAGGUGAUAAGUGGAACUGGUGGUGGCGGAGGUGGUGGUGGUGGUGUUGGUGGUGGGCAUAAGGAAAGCAAAAAGAAAGCAGCUAUAGGCAACGCGGUGCGUGGACUGUUUCCAUCUGGCCAUAGCAGGCAGGACAGGUAUGAGACAAGCAGGCAGCGCUCCCCAGGUGGGACCGGUGGUGGCAUUGGCUUGUCCGGCUUGUGUCCAAGACUGGUGGCGAGUGGUGGCGGUGCUGGUAGCCACGGUGGUGUGGGGGUGGGGGUGGGCCACCUAGCCCCCCAAGAGGGGGGAGGCACAUGUAGUGUUGUAACCACGCAAAGACACCACAAUCAUAAUCACAACAGUAAUCACGGACAUAGGCGUCAGCGGAAGCUGUCCGUUAUUUCUCAAGCUGGUUCCAGUACAAAUAGCACCGUUGAUCGAAAGAUAUCACCCGGGGUCAAUCGGUCAUCUGUAACAAUUUGUAAAAGGCAAACUCGGACGAGCCGCAUAGAUCACAGUGCGGAUUCUGUAUUAACAAGCUCACCUUCACCGAAAAAGAAGACACAAUCUGGAUUACAGAUCUUGGAUAAGUCCUCCGCACAGAGUUUGAAUUUGAAUCCUUUGGAACAAGAGAAUGACCGCAGCUUUAGCGACGCUGAGGAAGCGAUUACGGCUACAGAAAAUUUGUCCACGAUACCAGGUACCAGUUCUUCUACGCCUUCCACCCCAGUCGGUAAAGUGAAACCUAGGAAAAUGAGCAAAGACGACAAGACUUUGAAUCAACAAAAAAUAUCUGACCAAAGUAACGAAGCAUCCAAAAGUACCGGCAAUACUCGGAAAAUGAGUUCAGAAAGUGCUGAUAAUUCACAGUGUCUGGCAAAGUCAUCUGUCGACUCUGUAGAAAUUUCAAAAACGCCACCACCGUUAAGAAAGGGAUCGAUAGACGAUGUGGAUGCUGAAAAAAGUGUUACAAAUGUGCUAAAAGGGUCAGUUAGCAUAUCCGAUAACGCAAAGACCCCAGAAACUGGUGAAAAUUGUGAUAAGAAAUCUAAAAUGAGACGUGAAAGUAGCUCUGAUAGUAACAAGACAGCCGUAGGUACGAAAAAUAUUACUACGAAUUUAGUGGAAACUCGUAAAACGUCGUUAGAAUUAAUAGAGGGCUCAAAGUCAUCGUUAUCCACACGAAAAAUAUCAAUCGAGAGUGUAGAUAUCAGUAAAGGAAAAAGGGCAUCGGUCGAUAAUUCCUCAAUGUCCAGAAAAACAUCGACCGAUUCCAUGGAGAAUAAAAGCAAGAAUGUUUCAUUGAGAAAAAUUUCCACAGAAACUAAUGAAAUUGAUAAGCAAAUUAGUGAAACUAAAAAAAUGACGAAAAAAGUAUCAACAGAAUCUAUAGAGAGUGGAAAACCCGAUGUAGGUGAAAUAUCUAGUCUAGAUAAAGUGAGAAAUUCAAGGUUCGUGACUUCUCGCGUAUCUGAGGAUGUAGCUGACUUUGAAACCAAACCGCAGCAAGAAGAACAGGUAGCCAUUUAUGAUGAGGAUGACAACGGGACCAGUAUCAGUGACAUUGUUGCUGCACAAGCCAUGCAUGAAUCUUUAAGUAAAUUGGGGAAGGUUUCCCUUAUAGAUACAGAAAGUCCGAGCACCAUUGAUGAAGGUGUAAAAAAAGAGGAUUCGAAAAAAUACGAAAGCAGUGAUGAUAAUAAUACCAAGUACCGUGAAGGUGCUCAGGAUGAAUCUUUAGUUGAAGGAUUUAUUGGCCCUUUGCUGGAUGAAAACUUCAAAGCGGAUGAAAAGUUAACGCAAAAGACCAUGGCAAUGGAAGAAAUUAAAACUCUACUUAUGAAAGCCAAAGUACAGGCAGUUGAAGAAGAUGAGGAUGAAGAAAAGGCUAUUGGAAUUUCACCUGACGGGAGGUUUUUAAAAUUCGAAGAAGAAAUCGGUCGUGGGAGCUUCAAAACAGUCUAUCGUGGUUUAGACACUCAAACAGGUGUUGCAGUGGCUUGGUGUGAAUUACAGGAGAAAAAACUCAAUAAAACUGAAAGGCUCAGAUUUCGUGAAGAAGCAGAAAUGCUAAAGGGGCUACAGCAUCCGAACAUUGUAAGAUUCUACGAUUACUGGGAGGUCACACUGACACGUCGCAAGUACAUUGUACUUGUAACUGAGCUUAUGACAUCAGGCACUUUAAAGACGUACCUGCGGCGAUUCAAAAAAAUUAACCCAAAGGUGGUGAAGUCUUGGUGCCGUCAGAUUCUAAAAGGAUUAAGCUUUCUUCACUCCCGAUCACCACCCAUCAUUCAUAGAGAUUUGAAGUGUGACAAUAUUUUCAUCACGGGAACAACAGGAAGUGUCAAAAUUGGUGAUCUGGGAUUGGCCACUCUAAAGAAUCGAAGUUUCGCAAAGAGUGUCAUCGGCACUCCAGAGUUCAUGGCCCCUGAAAUGUAUGAAGAGCACUAUGAUGAGUCAGUCGACGUCUAUGCCUUUGGUAUGUGUAUGCUGGAAAUGGCUACAAGCGAGUAUCCCUACUCUGAAUGCACCGGACCCGCACAGAUCUACAAACGUGUUGUAUCGGGGGUCAAACCACAAAGUUACGACAAAGUAGAAAAUCCCGAAGUUCGCGACAUAAUUGAAAUGUGCAUUCGAUUGAAAAAGGAAGAACGUCCUCUAGUCAAAGAUCUGUUGAACCACGAAUUUUUCGCAGAUGAUGUUGGUUUUAAAUUGGAAAUGGUCUCCAGAGAGACUGCAAUUGCGGAUUCUGAACUAUCACGGAUAGAGUUUCGUCUCCGUGUUCUAGAUCCAAAAAAACGGAGCAAUAAACACAAGGAGAAUGAGGCGAUUCAAUUCGACUUUGUUAUGUCAACAGACAAUGCCGAGGGAGUUGCUUCUGAGAUGGCUAAGUCUAGUCUCAUUCUUGAAGAAGAUGCCAAAGCUGUUGCUAAGCUGUUAAAAUCCCAAAUUGCUACUCUACUUCGAGAGAGGGAUGAACGAAAGGCCAAAGAAGAGAAGGAGCGUCUUGACCGUGAAGCUGAAUCUAACGCUGCUUCGGAUCACUUGCUCCAGCAACAACAAAUGCAACAACAGCAGCUAUUGAUGCAACAAAUGCAGAUGCAACAACAACAACAAAUACAGUCUGGGAUGGGCAUGCAGAUGCAAGGAUCUCUGCAGAUCCAAGGACAAAUGCAAAUUCAGCAGCCAAUGCAAAUACCUAUGCAGCAACAAGUUCACCCUCAACAACAACAGCAACAAGUACAAAUGCAACAAUUGUCUCAACAGCAAAGUAUGCAGCAGCAUAAUUUACAGCCCCAACAGGUUCAGCUAGUUCAACAACAACCACUUUUACAACAGCAGACAUCCGUUGUUCAACCUCAACAAGCACAACAAAUUCAACAAAUUUCAUCACAUUCACAAGCGCCGCAGCAGCAUCAAUAUUCACAGCAACAAUAUCAACAACAAAUACAACAAGGAUUGCAGCAACAUGUACAACAACAGCAACAGCAAUUCCAGCCACAGCAGCAACAACCGAUACAGUAUACUCAACAAGUUGGCCAGAGUCUAAGCGCAAGCUCUUCGCAAUGUUCAACGCCACAAAGUAUUCAAAACCAGCCACAGUUUCCACAAGUCUCUCAGCAACAGCAUCUACAACAGCAGCAACAGUACAUUCAGUUAAAUCAAAUGAAUGUACCCCAGCAAUUGCAACACCAACCACAAGUUCAACAACAUCUUCCACAACCAAUUCAAAUUCAACAACAGCAAAUACCACAACAGGUUACACAGCAGCAACAUAUUCCUCAGCAACAGAUUCCGCAACAACAGAUUCCUCAACAACAACAGAUUCCCCAACAACAACAGAUUCCCCAACAACAACAGAUUCCUCAGCAACAACAGAUUCCUCAACAACAACAGACCCCUCAGCAACAACAACUUCCUCAACAGCAACAAAUCACUCAGCAGCAACAGAUUCCUCAGCAACAACAAAUGCCUCAGCAGCAGCAAGUUCCCCAACAACAACAACAAAUACCACAACAACAACAAAUACCACAACAGCAACAAAUUCUUCAGCAACAGCAAAUUCCACAGCAACAGCAGCACGUUCAGCAGCAACAGAUCCAGUAUUCCCAAUCACAAGUGCAACACAUUCAUCAAAUGCAUCAGCAUCCAGUAGGAUCCCCACCAGUUCCAGGUCAACAGUAUUAUCAGCAAAGCACAGCAUCAAAUGUUCCAUAUAGUAGUGCACCCAUUUAUCAGCAAAAUGUUGGACAACAGGUGUAUCACUCAUACACAUCAUCCAGUGGUGCGGCACCUCACAUGGAUAUUAUGUCAUCGAAUCACAGUACUCAACAAGUAUUUUCACAGCCAAAUAUUUCCGGCACGUCUGGAGUAACAACGUCACAGAGCUAUGCUCAAGCAGUCGGUCAAACUCAAAUGGGACAAGCGAUAUCUGGAUCUUCUGCUAUAAAUGUUCAGAGUACAAUGCCAGGAGUGCAUACGCAGAAUAUACAAGCGUCAAGUCAAGCCUGUCAAUCGUCAUCGGUAACGAAUAUCCAAAGUUCACCAGCUCUUCUUUCAAGUGGCCAUCAGCAGCAGUCUCAACAAAAUUUAUUGGCUCAAUUACAAUACUCUCAAAGUCCUAAUACCAUUCAAACCACGGUUCCUGUUACGCAAAGUAUGCCUGUUGUUUCCAAUCCCAUUAACAACCUGCCACCACAACAGGUUUCACUAAGUAUGGAGUCAUCCACAAAUGUGAUGGAGAGAACACUGAGCAAACAAGAUACAAUGGAUUCUAUACAAUCAUUACCAGGUGAACCUGUCCCUCUUGUUCAUUCAGUAUCGCAACUGGACCAAGCAACAUCUGUACAGAACACUAAUGAAGGAAUAACAUCAGAAAAUUCUGAAGCAACUGCAGUCCCCGAACGCAGUAGGGUAAAGCGUUCUGGAACAAAACGUCGCAAACCAGGGAUAAAGUUAACAGUCUUAUCGGUGAGCAGCGAGAAUCAAUCUAUGACAGUGGAAUGCCAACUAGACACAAGCAAGCAGAAAACCGUCACGUUCAAAUUUGAUAGGGACGACAUGGUUCCUGUGGAUAUUGCCAAUAAUUUGAUUACAGAAAAUCUUCUACCACAAUCCCAAUGUGACACGUUUGUCGAAUUGAUUGGCGACAUAGUCAUGCAGCUACGGUUGGACCCAGAGAGAAGUUUGCCUCUUGUGGCGCAUGGACCUCCUGAUCAAUCAGCAGGAGGCAGUCCAGUGAACAGCCGGCGACCCAGAGAUCGUGACCACAGUCUUGAAACAUCUAAGCAGGUGAGACAUGGCUCGUUAACCCGUCAGAGCAGCCAUCGAUCAUCAUACAAAGUUCAUCGUAGGCACCGUUCGAGAGAUGAAACAUCGAACACUUCUACACCAACAAAAUUACUUCCGAUUGAUCAAAUAAUCUCUCACAUCGCAAAUGUGCCCAGCGAGAAACAAAGUGUUCAAACGCCAGAUGGUCAAGCAGGAACUGACAGCAUAUCAUCAGAAGCAUCGCGACGGUCUUCUACAUCUACUCAAAAUACAGAUACGCUAACUCCAACAUAUAUGCCAAAUGAACCAAAUGAUACAUACGAACUUACAACUUCUGUAACAUCUACUGAAACGAUAAUGGAAGUUGGUCAUGCGGUACCAGAAGGCAAUUCAAGUGCAUCUCCUCAACCUCAUUCAAAUGUAGUGGACAGUACUCAAUAUCAAGUAAAUUCAGCAACUGCCAAUUCAGGAAUAAAAUAUUCGGAUGCUCCUGCUAAAGAAACGGAUAGUAUACAAGAUUCCACAGAUAUUACUAACGAGGAUGAUAGUCAAGCCACCAAAGCACCGGUAACUACUGUAGCUGAAAGUAAUACGCUAACUGCGCCACCUUUACGUAAAAUAUCAAGAUUUUUGGUCAGCCCUGUUGUGGAGAGAAAUACAACUGUGUCUGAUCAUGCAUCUAGUAUCUCGAAUGUUACUUCAAGUGAGAAUUGCGAUAAUUCUUCAGCGCAAAAACUGUCAGAAGGAAGCUCAUGUUCAAAUAUUUUAACUGCAGAGAACGUAACACCAGAUGUAAAUUCUCCAAAUGUCCAAGUAAUUUGUGACCAAGCAAAAUCAACUGAAAAGAAUGUAACAUCAGCUGAAAUUGAUUCUGCAAUAAUGAUACAACAACAAGACACCGCUGGCAUGGAACAAAUGCUAAAUGUUACAACUUCAUUCAAUGAAACUGCCAGACAUGCCCAGCAGCAAUUACAACAAACUGGAGAUAAGACAGUGAAUUCAAUUCACAUUCAACAAUCCACGACACAAAUACAGCAACAAGUUCAACAGGGUACACAACAAUUUCAAUCCCAACAAAUGAUACCUCAACACCAGCAAGUACCAAGUCAGGUACAUCAUAAUGUAUCACAAAAUCAUCAAAAUAUUUCACAAAUACAUCAAUCUAUGGGUCCAAAUACAACACAGGUGCAGCAAACGACAACAUUGAUUUCUCAGAAUCAACAAAUACAUCAGGGGUCACCUCCAAUCCAACAAAAUAUAUCGCAUAUGCAACAAAAUAUCGCGCAUAUUCAGCAAAAUGUGAUUUCAGCGCAACAGAAUAUUGAACAAAUGCCGUUGCCACAAGUGUCACAAGGAACGCUUGCAGCCCAGCAAGUUCAGUAUCAAGAACAGUCUAUGAUGCAACAGCAUAUUAUAAUACAGCAACAACAGCAACAGCAACAACUACAAUCAGUACCUAUGCAACAAAAUAUAAGCCAACAACCCCAAGUGCAGUCACAGCACUUACAACAACCACAGCAACCUCAACUUCAACAUCAGAACAUGCAACAAUUUAUUCAACAACAACACCAACAGCAACAACCACAACUCCAACAAAUGCAACAACAGUAUGUUAUUGUACCACCGCACGUGCAACAAAUUCAACAAAACCUCGAUGAUAGGAAUCGUAGAGUGUCAAAUAUUUCAACACUUUCGAACGUGUCGACCGAUUCUCAGUUGUCAGACGUUUCAGGCAUAGCAGAAGACGGGAGAAUGUCUACACCGAUCCAUCUUCAACAUGUUCAAACGCAACAUCAAGAUACUCAUGCAACUAAUGUAUUUACCCCUCAAGUCGUAGCCGACAUUUCUCAGCCAUCGUCAAUAGGUCAUCAUGCUGCUAGUACACAAGCUCAGGUCCCUGUAGUAACAAGUGUUGAGAUGCCGCCGAAAGUUGCAGCAAAGCCCAAAGAAGUCUCAUCUACACUUCCAGAUCUAGCUCAAAACCUUGCUAACAUACUCUCAAAUCCAAAAUCUAAAUCUGUUACUCCGCAUAAUGUAAAUACUAUUCAUGAGCCAAAUGCAAACAUAGUUUCUGUGGAACAUAAAACAACACUGCAUCCUGAGCAAUAUUUUCAACCCAUACAACCUGAAGCUACCCUGGUACCUCACUCUCAGCAAGCCCAUAUACAACAGAAUCAACCAAGUUUACAAAAUGUACCAACAAUUCCGUCGAAUAAUCAAAAUCAGCAGCCUGCUCCUCAAGCUUUUCAAAAUCAACCACAAAUGCAACAAAGUAUGCAAAUAAAUGUUCAACCGGUACAUCAAGGCCUGCAAAAUCAACAACACCUUCAAAAUCAUCAACAAGUGCCUCCUAUUGCGCAACAGAGUCAAGCCCAGUAUCAAACAACUCAUCAGUUGGUACAACAAACGAUUCAAAGUCAUCAACAGACUUUACAAAAUAUUGAGAGUGUACAACAACCAAUAAUCUCACAGAACGUCCAAAGUCAACAACACAAUCUACAAACACAAACAAUAGUACAGCAAUGGAGCAUUCAACAACAGAAUAAAACCUCAAUUUUGCAGAAUAAUUUAAGUGUACAACAAUUGCCUUCAGGUCAACAGGUUCAUCCUAUGCAAAAUCAAUCACAAAUUCAACAAGUAACGCCAUUGCUGCAGCAAUCUAUGCAAGAAUCAAGUAAUGACUAUGCUGCUACAUCUGAGCAAGCACAAAAUAUUAAUAUCAACAAUAAUGUGGUGUCACUAUUGGAAGCAGAAGUCAACAGCGUUGAAAAUAACGACACAAGCAGGCGUACUAGUUCAGACUGUCAAGUCGUGUCUUCCGAAUAUGACAACUCCAGUCACGAAGCAACACCCGAUCAUACGCUCACCGAACUAACAGAAACGUCACUGAUGCAACAACAUUCGAAGUUGAGCCAGCAAAAUUCUCUGGACAAGAUUGCUGACAGUAGUGGGCCCCAAACGAUUGCAGAUUUACAACAGAAGCUAGUACAGUUAACAAGCCAACCUUCCGAAUCUCUGAGCAUAGGAACCCCUCCAAUAAGUCAUCCUGCUACACCUCAUUCUCACCAAACAGCAGGCGGAUACGACACAUACAUGCAUACCCUGCAGCAAAAAUUGGCCAACAUUGGCAUGCCUGUUGCUAGUCAUUCCUUAGGAACUUUGUCUCCACAAACAACAGUACAUUCAACGAUAGCUGCCUUCAUUCCUCAUGCUGCAUUCAGUGAUGUAAGUAAUGUUGGCAUACCUGUGGAAGGAGUUUUUUAUAGCCAAGAACCAUCGAUCGCUGUAUCUGCAACCACACAACUAAACUCGGAGUGUACGACCGAUAGCCCAUUGAUUACGGGAGGUUCAGAAGCAAUGUCACCAAGUAAGGAGAAUGUCAAAAUACGUUCUCAAAGGCCAGGAUCUCGUUUACAAGAAUUGGAGCAAGAAUUGGCAAAGAUUCAUCAUAGAAGUCCAUUGAUAACUUCUUCGCCUUCACAACCUUCUACACCUCCUGUGCCCACGGGACAAAUAUUUCCUACACAACAAACACAGCUCGCUGCCGUUCACCCUGUACCUAUUGCUGCUAUUUCACCAAGCGUCAUCAAUUCUAACUCGGGUUCCAAUACCCCUAUCAAUUUGGAACAAACUAUCGAUAAUGCUCCUGAGCAAGCGAUAUCAGAUCAACCAGUAAGAAAAAUAUCGAGAUUCAUGGUAUCUAAAGUAGCUGGGCCACCUCCUGUUGAUGCUGUACCAACUAGUCAGCAACAAACAUCGUUGACAAGUUCUGACCAACAAAGACAACAGCAGGAGGAAAUGAUGACUAGGCGUGCCGGCCGAUUUAGCGUAACUACUCAUCAUAUGGAAGAGAUGCAGUGUACAGGUAUACCAGUUCAAGUGCUUCAUAGCAGAGAAGGCUCCUUACCGCCUACUUCUUCCGCCUCAUCCAUUGGCACCCUAACGACUGAGUCUCCAGGCAGAUUGGUGGACUCUCUGAGGGUGAGCAGUGAAAGUUUGAUGGUAGCUACGCCGCCGGGCACCAAAAGCUUUCCCUCCUCCUAUUCUUCAUCUUUUACCUCUGAUUUGUCUUCCCAUUAUAAUUACCAAAGCCCUAUUUCCAAAAAACAGUAUAGUUUACCUACAUCACCAAAAACCGAUUUUAGACUUCCCGUAUUUCAACCUCAACAACGUAAUACACACACCUUUCCGCAGACAACCCUAAACACACAAUGUCAAAAAAAUGCCUCAAUUCAUAACGCGAUAUAUUCUACUCAAUCUCUAGACCAACAAAUUCAAAAUAUAUUUUUGUUAAAACCCCCUCCGGGCUCAAAGCAGCAUGUGAUACCACGAGAUGCUGUUAAAAACGCGCAUGAUUCUUUCACUCAAUGUUCAUCUCCUCAAACUCAGCCACAAAAAGAUAUCCCGCACGAUCCUCUGAACCUCGGAGCACAAGCUGAAAAUUUGUCGCCGAUCACGAAUCGACUCCAGGAUAAUACUCUGCAACAUCCUUUGCAAAAUCAGUCUGAAAAAGAUGAGAAGAAUCAAGUGUUGACACCUAGCGAGGAGUAUCAGCUUCUUAUUAAAAGGCAAACAACAGAGUUAGAAACCUUGCAGCGCAGACACAGAGAAGAAUUAGAAAGAUUCCAACAACAACAGCUACAAUUAUUAAUUCAGCAACAGCAACAGGCCAGCGCCUUGCAUCAACACCAACAUCAUCCCCUGCUCUACCACACAGUUGCCUCAACAGUUGCAGGGCAAACAAGAUCGACUGGGAUGGAAGAUUAUUUAAUGUUCAGUACUGCGCCUCAGACACCACUACAAAAAAUGCCUGGCCAAUCAUUAGAUACCGAAGAAACUUUGAGGCUAGCUAUGCAAAAGCUGAACCAAACCCCGCAAUCUUCUCAACAACAAGCUACCAAUAUUCCACAUGCUUAUGUUAUCCCUAUACCGGUUAUGCCUACUGAGAAUGUGCAAAAUAUGACACAACAUUCAAGUAAUUAUACCAGUGCGACAAAUGCCAACGAAACAUUAGAAACAAUUGGCUCAACAAACGGUCCAACUACUUUGAAUCCUGCACGUUAUCAGUUUGCACCAAUUAUACCGGAUGGAGCCAAUUUCAGUGGACCUAUGUCUGGUAGUUUGGUAGCUCCAACUCCCAUAUCUGGUUCUACUGCUAACAGUGGUUACCUCCAUUAUCAUCAGGGACCAACAUUGGCAAAUUUUCAAACAUUUGGGUAUACCCCUCAUGGCGGAUUCUUCCUACCAGCAGGUUACCGAUUGAUCUACGCCCCUACCAGUAGUCCUCAGUCUCAGCCUGCCACGCCCGCCACUCCACAUUUGGGUAAUUCACAUAACGGCACACCACCAGGUGAACCCCAGCAUUGUUCCGAAUACAAUACGACUCUGCAACUCGACCAGUAAUCCAAAAUAUCAAAUUUCUUAGCUUUCAGUCAAUAUAACUAAUUUGCUAUUCAAUAUUACUAUCACGUUAUUAAUAUAUUGUCAUUUAUUAUUAUUGCCAUUAGAAAACUAUCAUUAUGAUACAAUGUUCAUGUGUAAUAUUGUAUCAUACAAUAACGAUAUAUGUGUGCAUGCAAGUAGGCAAGCAAGCAUAUAUGUACAUAGAUUUGUUGGUUCGUUGUGGCGUACGAUUGUUGAUUUACACGCGCGUGAUUGUGACUUGUAAAAUAUGACCAUACGAAUCAUAAUAUAUGGGGUAUUCAGAGAAUUUCUACCUAAGAUUUCUACUGCAUCUCUCAAUGGUUGUACCAGAGACAUUGCCUCAUUAGAGUGUAUGAAAACAGUAUAAGAAUCAGCAUUUAUGGUAGCAGUAAUUUUUGAUCGACAGCUAAACGUUUGAUUUCACAUCACCUACUUAUAUCCCUAAAAGUGUUGAAUGGUUCACAGGAGUUACUGGGGCAGUGAUUAUUUUUGACCGUCUUUUUGAUUUGGACCUAGCAACCAAAGCACAGGGUAAAUCAAUGCGUUGUGCAUGUUUGAUCAUGUUGAGAUUAUAUUAAGUCAGUAUGGUCUCUGGUAUGGAUGUUAAAGACUUACAAUUAAAGAGCAGCUUCCACGUGGUAGAUAUGAAGUAUAAAGAAUGGAUUUAUGUGAACGAAAAACAUGAUUGAUUUAGUCACUGUUACGCUUUCAUGUAAUCAUUUUAGCCAAUUUGAAUACUACAAUGAAUAAUAAGUUAUUACCCCGCUGGCUAUGCCAUAUCUUAUCUAUCACUCAACCUCUGUUAUUUUUACUCUCAGUGUGUUAGUUUUAAAGAGUUACUUCUUUUUGGUACUAUAAUAUAUCUUACUUGAAACGUUUCAGUUGCAUUAUUAUAUCGCAGUGUGCAGAGUUCUGUAACAUUAGAACAUCAUAUUUUAACUUCAAUCCCAAUAAUUGCACUCAAUCCUAAUAUUUCUUUCAGAAAUAAAAAUUAAUUAUUAUUUUUUUUUUGCACAAGUAAGUCAGAAAUAUUUUCAACUCCCUAAUGAACACCUUACUCAUUUCACUAAUAAAAAUAAUGUUUAAACUCCAAUUAGUAGGAAUGUAGUUAAUCAAAUUAUAAAAAAUUCUAUAAACUUAUUGAAUGCGAGUAAACUUGACCAAUGUAAUAUCUAAAUGAUAAUACAAAGAUCAUAUACCACCACUAUAGGCCACAAUUUUGAUAAACUAUAAGCAAGUAUUAGGUGUACACUUACCAUGAAGUGAGCAUCUUUCUCACGUCCAGAUAGCUAUUCGUUUUCUAGCAAUAUCUUAUUUCAAGUGGAGUAUAAAGAUGGACGACAGUAUGGGCUGUAGAAAAUUGAUUAUACUAGAUGCUGCAUAUUGAACAGAAAAUGCUAAUUUGUUCUCAUACUUUGCACAUAUUUUGGCUUUCAAUAAUUCUCGUAAACGACCCAAAGUAGAGAACAAAUUAUUAUGCCGUAUCACUUCGAAUGGUAUUACUGAAUGAAAAUUUGCCUAAUUAUCAUAUCUUUUGAGUAAGUUUGAAAUAUUAUUCAGCACACUGUGUAAUUAUGCAGAAUUGUUUCAACAUAAAUCCCUACAGGUUAUCUUUGCAGUGGUUUUGCGUGUGUCCCACUAGUAAUAUCGACAUAUUGGUAUAAAGUAAAAUAUUGUUAUUUCGAUUAGUUUAUUCCUUGUAUAUUUUAAGAUAAUUUUUUUUUAAGUUUUACACUACCUUGCAUAGGCUUUUUAAUAAUCUACAACUACCAAGAAUUUAAUGGAUAACGAAACCUGAAUAUAUUGUGUAAUUGUAUAGGAAAUUAAAUGAAACGCCAUGAAAGCUUGACGGAGGCUGGGCAUUGGUAUAGAUAGAUAUUUAAAUUAGGUUGCAAAGUUUCAAAUAAGUUGCGAAUACUGUGUGUUAAAAAUUUAAAUUAUUCAAAUAAAAAUGAUGAAUCUAAAGUGCAAAAGCUGCUCCGAAUCCAGCUUUGCUUAUAGCUGAGUGUUGCUCAUUGCUAUUUUGAAUGAUAAAUUUGUUAAAAAUGAAGCGUAAUGAAAUGCUGUAGUGAAACUCUGCAACCUCUAAAUCAAAACGUUCACUCCAAAAAUGAAUGAAUAUUUAUGGUAUAACAACUGCAGUAUUAAAUUAUUGGAUUCACGUUCUUUCCACAUACUUAUGAGUGUAAUCUCGCUACAAACAAUCUUCCACAUUAACAAAAAGAGGAAGUUCUUGAAUAAAAGGUGCAGUAUUGCUCUAAGGAGUAGAAUAUCAUAUUACAACAAUAGUACAGUGCGGUCUUCGUAUUAAAUUAUGAUUCGCGUUCGGAUUUACCCGUCCACUUUUCUUAUAUUUUCCUUUUUUUUCUUUAUAUACGUAAAAAAUGAAUAUACUAAGACAUUAAUUACAUGAUUGAAAUUACCUUUCGUCAGACAUACUAUUUUAUUAUUUUACUAUUGAUAUUAAAAUUCAACUAUAGUUUUUUUCAUGUUAUUGAAAGUAAUUUGAUCUUCAUAAUCAAUUGGAGUUUCAAAAUCUGCUAAAAACUACAAAGAAAAUUAAAGAAAAAAUUGAAUGGAUUCCACAAUUGACAAUGAAUACUAAAUUAAAAUUGCAACAGGUGGGCGCAGGACACCAGUGAAUAUAUCUACUUCACGUAAAAAUUUUAGUGCAAUAAGCUUCAAAGAGGAUGCACAUCUUUUUCAAACUCUUACGGUUUACAAAAAGCUUUGCCAGCUUAAAAAUUUUACGAAUACGCCGUUUCGAAAUUGAAAUGACUGAGAAAGUGAUGAUUGGAGUAUAAAAUUUAAUAACUGUGAGAGAAGUAGUUGAUAUUAAUAUUGGUCUAAAAAUCUAUUACCUACUUUAAUCCGUAUUUAUUUAAAGUUUCUAUUACUUGAACAUCGAUGUAUGAUUUUACUAUGCGGUAUAGUGGGUACAUUUGAUUUAUAAUCAAUGGAAAAAUUUCUGAAUUUAUUAAUGAAAUGCAGCGAAUGCUUAUCAAAUAUUCUACAAUGUACGUCGAGAACGAUCAAAAUUUAUGAUCAAUUAACUUCAAUUGGAAACAUUGCACAUCUGUAGUACACAUAUGUAUUUGGAAAUACACGAAUUUUGGAUUUCGAUUAUUUAUAGAACAAUGCACUCUAUUGCUUGCCAAAAAUAUUCAACACAAAGCUUAUCUUGAUUCUAACAAUACUAAUCUUGAUUGCAUAACGGAAAAAUGAAACUAUCAAUUAAUAAUAAGAAAAAUCAAUAAACUGAGUUGUACAGUAACUAUAGAAUAAUUAAGCUAAGCUUUAUCCAAUCAGUGGAUUUCAUAACAAAAAAAUUAAUAAAAUAAAAUUAUAUAAUGAUUAGGCAAAAAAAAAAAACUCAUUUUAAACAAUUAACUAAAUAUAUGUAAAUUAAUGUCUCUUGUGCCGGAUGGGAAGUUUCUAGUUAGAGGUUUGAUGAAGAGUUGAGCAAGUUAAUUCACAAAGACUGAUUAGGUAAAAAAAAAUCAGUGAUUUAAGGAACGAAAUGUUAUUUGAAAAAAAAAAGAAAAUAAAAAUAGAAAAUAACAGAUAUCGGUGUAUGAGAAUAAAUAUUUUGAUGUUUUGAUAGCUAAAUAUUUCAUAUGCCGGUAUGUAUAGCAGUUGUAAGGUAUUGGGUGUGACAGAGGAUACUAACAGCUUAAGGCAUGUGAUUUGCGAUUAAACAUACCUAUUGAAAGACAUUCGCCGUCAGUUGGUAAUUAUUUUUUAAAUCGAAAGCUUUGUUACAGCUAAGAUAAAAGAAAUUAAUGAAAAAAUCAAUAGAUAAACAAAUGAAAAUAGCAGUGUUGUAAUAACAGUACAAUAAUAAUAAUAAUGGUAAUAGUAGCGCUGUAAUUGAAAAAUCUGCCAAUGAAUUUCAAUUUUAAGAUGUACAACUCACUCGGUUUUCGAUUGAAACAACACUCGUUAUCUCCGAUUCUGUAAACAGUUUAAGUUUUCAUUGGAUUCGUUGAAAGUUCAUUUUUUAUUAUAUCUGUAAAUAUUUUUAAGUGUAUGAUUACAUAUUAGGUAUAUGUUACUAUCAAAGACAAGAUGCAAUUGAUAAAAUACAUAAUAUUAUUUGAAUUCUAUCGUAUACAAAAAAUUUAGAAUGUUAGAAUUGGCGCGUAAAGAAAAUACAUGCACAUAUGAAACGUGCGUACAUAUAUGAAACAUAUAUUUAUACGUUUUGUUAGUAUAAAGGUAUUGAUAAUUUCAAAAAGUAGAUUUAUCAAUAAAAAAACUUUUAGGCUCUCAAAUUUAGGUAUAUGCUGAUCUACAUCAUAUGGCUAGUAGUGGAGGUUUGCAAGCAGCUGCACAUGAACGAGAUACACUUACCUAGGCGCGAAUUCAGUGGCUAUUCAAAGCUUGACCGUGCAAAAUUUUUCAAAUAUUUCCGUACCAAAUAGAUCGAAGGGAAUUAAACUAAUUUAAUUCAGUGUUCCAAUUUUACCUCUCGUUUUUCAAGAUUGAUAAUCACUAAUUUAUGAAGACUACUUCUCCUGAUUAACUUCAUCAAAAUAAUGAUAAAAAUACAUUGUCAAUGUAUAUUUUGAUUUGACUCCAAGAGAAGAUUGUAACAUUUAUUCAGAAUAAAUUACUAACUUGUAAGAGAUAGUGAAACUCUCCACUCCUAAUAUAAGGCCGAUUAUACUAAAUUUACCGUAAAAUUUAUCUCUGGAUAUGAAUUCAUUAUAUGUAGCAGUUACGAUAACUAAAAAUCACUGUUACUUAUGUAUUUAUGAAUCUUGUAAAAAAACAAAAGAACGAUCAUUAUAUAUAUUAUGCGUUGUCUAAAUUAUUAUUAAUGUAUAGUAUAAAAAGAAUAGUUUGGUACUAUAAUUAAUAAAUCAAUCAGAAUCAAUCAACAAUUGAGCCACAAAUGAGUAAUGGAGCAUUGAAAAUAGAUAAUUCCUCAAAAGAAUAUACAUAUUGGAAAUUUCUGGUCAAAGAGGUUAUAUACAGCGGUAUUACAAGACCUAGAGUCGCCUUGAAUAGCUCUAGCGGCCUCUGUUUUCCAAAUAUUCCCUGUACAAAUGUUUCAAUGAAUCUAAUCGAAUUAUCUUUUGCAAUACUAUGAGUAGAUCUGUAAUAAUGACGUACUUAUAAGCACAUUGUAACUGCACCGAAGUUUGUGGAUCUCUAAUUGUCAGGUGUGUAGGUAUAAUCACUUUCACUGAUAAAUAGUCAAAAAGACCAAAUUGAAAGGUUUCGAAAAAAACAAAAACAGUAAUAAUUUAAAAUUUUGAAAUCGUGUAUAGAAUGAAAAUUAAAAUAAUGGGUCGAUGGAAGCUGUGGCAAAUGUGUAAAUCCCCAAGUAAUAACGAAAUGAAUGAAUAAAGUUAACAGAAAGAAAGUAUUGAUAUAAUACAUAUGUUGAUAGUAAAGACUUUGAUGAUUGUGAGGAGUAUUUAGUGUUUCAUCAGAGCUGGUAGGAGGGUUUGUUUAUAAAUAUAUUGCUUUCAUUUCGUUUACUGUUUGUCAUAAGCUGUUGUAUUGGAUUGGUAACGCAAGAAGGCCACUUAUAUGAAAGGAAUAUGAAAUACAUUUAUUAGAUUGUUUUAACUAAGUAUAUAUUAUUAUAUUAUUUAACUAACUGUAUAACUUUCAGGAUAGAUAGAUAGAUUAUUACCCUUUACAUUUUGAAAGCCACAGUUCCUUCUCUGUAGUCUUUAAGCAUAAGUUUAGACAUACAUUUAUACAUAUUCAUAUACACAACAUAAGGUGUGAGCGCGCAGAAUACAGGUUCAGAAAAAAGAUCUACUACUCUUCACAGACUGAUUUUUCAGAAGAUUAAGAAAACAGCUAACUUUAGAUGAUAGUGAAUUUACAUGAUAAUCACCUAAGCAUAACCACAAUUAUUAAACUAUACAGCAUACUUCAUUAUAACUUAUCCUGUAUUGAUUAUUGUAUUUAUUAUCGUUGCAUUGUUUUAGGAAAGGAGAAAGAUAUGAUAGGCAAUUUGAGCUUUUAACUAUACAUAGUCAA